AUCGUGUGAUUUUCCCGCCACCGGAAGCGAGCGAGGCAAGCGCGUGACUGGUAGCUGCGCGCGCAACUUAGGCGAGACGGGAAGGGGCCAACUGGCGCAUUUACCUGAAGGAAUGCGAGCGGACCGUGCAAGAUUUCGUCGGAAAACAGGCCGCAUAAUUUCUUUUUCGGCACCGCCGGGCCCCCCCGUCGGGCGAAAGUCGCCUAACGGACCGGUCCCGCGACCGUCUACUCGGCGAUGCCCCACGCGCGUAAGUUCCUGCGGGGUGGGCGAGGGGCCGCCAUGACAGUCGUCGUAUUUUCUGUUAACCGCGAGAGCACGUAGACCCCGCUGGGGCGACAUUCCCGUGAAAUUCUCGUGCGACUUGGCGUCCGUGACAACCGAAAGCGAUCGUCCCGCGUCCCGGCUUUGUCGGGCUGACCGUCGCGGUAGUCAAAGAGACGGUAGGCGAGGGCGCGUGGCCAUUAUCGGAUAUUUGUUUGUGGGUGCCAGUGGCGAGGUGAGACGCCGGGAGAGGCAGGUAGGCAGGCAGUCAGCAGCGCGAAACGAAGGAACGUGAGGAUUUGAGGAACGAACCGAACGAGGAGGAACGAGGAGGAACGAGGAGGAACGAGGCGAUGAGGGCGAUGAAACGGCCUGUGCGGGCUCCCCACCACCCUUAAUCUCCGACGGCUCCCCUUGCCCCUCUCCACCGCUAGCCCUGCCCCUCCCCGCGCGUUCCCUGGAUCGGGACGGGCGCGCGUCUCUCCCCCGUCAGCGCGCGCGUGUGUGUGCGUGAGACUUGUGGCAGAGGAGGCGAGGAGGAGGCGGCUCCAGGCCGACGGAGAACGAGAUGCGAGAACCGCCGACGGCACCGCGCACCACGAUGAAAAAUGAAGUAUGUCAGACACGUUUAAUUAAUAUUCUUCAGUGAACGAAGAUGAAUAGUGAGCAGCAUGCAUUGCCAGCGACUACGCAGGCACAACAAGAGGAUGUAAACGCGGGUCAAAGUGGUCGUCCUUCAUACCCAGGUGGUUUGGCUACUGCGACCGCGAGUCUUGGCAAUGUAGGGAGUACUCCCCAUUCAUCCGCGGACCUGCGUGUAGGUACUGCCGUAGCGUUAGCCUCCUCGGUAGCCUCCUCGGUAGCUAAGUAUUGGGUCCUCACCAAUCUGUUUUCUCCCGGACCGCUACCUCAAGUUUCGGUCUAUCACCAUUCCCACCACAACUCCUCGCAUAGGAGUGGUGGCGGUGGGGAGACAUCAUCCUCCAAAGAGCCAGCCUCUUCACUGAACCAGGAAAUGGCGUUGACUUCCAGCUCGCACCAUCAACAACAGUCAACAGCCGCGCAUCAUCAUCAGCCUUCAGUUAGCAGCAGCAGCAGCCACCACAGUUCUCUGCAGUCGAAUCCACAGAUUCCUGUGUCCCUCCCCGGCCUUAAUUUAGACGGCGCACAUCUACCAGCGAGUGUUAGUCAUCUGGCUGCACAUGCACAAAUGCAACAAAUGCAGGCGCAAGCACAGCAGCAGCUGCACCAGCAGCAACAGCAGCAACCGCCGCAGCAACAGCAGCAGCAGCAGCAGUCUCAUCAUCAAAUCCCGAAUCAUCAGAACACUCAGAACAAUGGGCCAACGGCGCAUGGCCAGAACGCGCAACGAGACGACAACAAAGUCAAGGAUGAAGGCGGUAGUUGCACCACCGAGCGCUGCAGCGAUAAUCAGGUUCAUUGUCAAGUUCAAUGCGAUCUGCAAUUACAACCACCCCAAGAUCUUCAACAGAGCUUGAUGCAACAGCAGCAGCAGCAGCAGCAACAGCAGCAACAGCAGAUUGGAGUCAACAUCAGCGGUAACUCCACCACCGAGGGGGGAAACCAGAACAACUCCGAGAAACCCGAAAAAGAGAAGGAAUUGCGGCAAUUGAAUAUGACCCAAUUUCAAGUCCCUGACUUGAAACCUGGAGGGCACAUGAUGGAUGUGAGGACAGCAGAUGGAUCGGUUGUCAAAAUUAGCGCAGGAAACGAGCAAGAUUUAGCUAAGACUCUUGGCGUCGAAAUGGUACAAAAUAUGUACAAGGUUAAUGUUGAAGAUAUUAAUCAACUCUUGGCGUAUCAUGAAGUUUUUGGAAAGCUGCAGAGCGAAAUUGCAGCUGGAACGACUUUAGUAGGUAGCACUGUGCCUACGCAAACAGUUACCACGAUACAAAAUGGCACGCCAAUCGUGCAGCAGGUCCAAUUGAACAAAUUUGACAUAAAGUCAAGUGACGGCGAAGCGACACCGGGCCCGAGCGCAUCGCCCGUGUCGGUAGGCAGCCACGCUUGUGAGAUAUGCGGAAAGAUCUUCCAAUUUCGUUAUCAACUCAUUGUACAUCGCAGAUAUCAUACUGAGAGGAAACCAUUCACAUGUCAGGUAUGCGGCAAAGCGUUCUCGAAUGCGAAUGAUUUGACACGUCACGGCAAAUGUCAUCUGGGUGGAUCCAUGUUUACCUGUACUGUUUGCUUUCACGUCUUUGCGAAUGCGCCUUCACUAGAACGUCAUAUGAAGAGACAUGCUACCGAUAAACCAUACAAUUGUACGGUCUGCGGUAAGAGUUUUGCGCGCAAAGAGCAUUUGGAUAACCAUACAAGAUGUCAUACUGGCGAGACGCCGUAUAGAUGCCAAUACUGUUCGAAGACAUUUACUCGAAAAGAACAUAUGGUAAAUCAUGUUCGCAAACACACUGGUGAGACCCCACAUCGAUGUGAUAUUUGCAAGAAGAGCUUUACUCGCAAAGAACACUUUAUGAACCAUGUUAUGUGGCAUACAGGAGAAACUCCUCAUCAUUGUCAAGCUUGCGGCAAGAAGUAUACACGCAAAGAGCAUCUCGCUAACCACAUGCGCUCACAUACAAACGACACACCGUUUCGUUGUGAAAUAUGUGGUAAGUCAUUUACGAGGAAGGAGCACUUCACGAACCACAUAAUGUGGCAUACGGGCGAGACGCCGCACCGCUGUGAUUUCUGCUCGAAGACGUUCACGCGAAAGGAACAUCUCCUGAACCACGUUCGCCAGCACACGGGUGAGUCUCCACACCGAUGCGGCUUCUGCUCCAAAUCGUUCACCAGAAAGGAACACCUUGUUAACCACAUCCGCCAACACACAGGGGAGACGCCCUUCCGCUGUUCAUACUGUCCGAAAGCAUUUACGCGGAAGGAUCACCUGGUGAAUCACGUCAGGCAGCACACGGGUGAGUCACCGCACAAGUGCCAGUAUUGCACCAAAUCCUUCACGCGGAAGGAACAUUUGACCAAUCACGUGCGUCAACACACAGGCGAAUCGCCACACCGAUGUCACUUCUGCUCCAAGUCAUUUACUCGUAAGGAGCAUUUAACGAAUCAUGUGCGCAUCCACACUGGCGAAUCUCCACAUAGGUGUGAGUUUUGCCAAAGGACGUUCACUAGGAAAGAACAUCUAAAUAACCAUCUCCGUCAACAUACUGGAGAUUCCUCACACUGUUGCAACGUGUGCUCCAAACCAUUCACAAGAAAGGAACAUCUCGUGAAUCAUAUGCGUUGCCAUACUGGUGAACGUCCAUUCGUGUGCACAGAAUGUGGCAAGAGUUUCCCAUUGAAGGGCAAUCUUCUCUUUCAUAUGCGCUCGCACAAUAAGGGCAGCAAUGCCGAAAGACCAUUUCGCUGCGAUCUGUGCCCUAAAGAUUUCAUGUGCAAAGGACACUUGGUCUCGCAUCGGCGUUCGCAUUCAGACGAGCGGCCGCACAGUUGUCCGGAUUGUGGGAAGACCUUUGUUGAGAAGGGCAAUAUGCUGCGACAUUUGCGCAAGCACGCGGCUGAAGGCCCGCCGACACAAGUUAGCACACCAUCGGCUAUACCGCAAUCCGGUGUACUGCCGAUACCGGCAGCGGCAGCAGUUCUAGUCGGACAUCCCUUAGCACCGCCGGCACCGCCUGUGGUGCCGCAACACACGGUGGUUGUGCCGACACCGCCCGGUGUAUUAACAUCGUAUUAGAUCAUAUAAGAUGAAAAAGAGAGGAGGAAGGGGGGGAGAGAAGAAAAAAAACAGACGAAAAAAAAACUAAAAAUAAGAAAUGAGAAAAAAGGAAGCAUUUGAAGAUGAUACAUGCUGUGUAUACUUAAUAUAUGAUUGCAUCGAAGAAAUGUGAAGAUUGUACGCCAUUCAUCAUUUUCUUAAGGACCUGAAUUAUAAUGGAUUUAUUAUCCAUUUGACUCAAUGGGAUUCACGUACUGCUCACGUGCUGCUCGUGAUGUCAAAAAAAAAAUGGAAAAAAAAACU